AUGGCGGCCAAACAGGGGCCCGCCCCGCAGACUUUACAGAACCACUUCUUCUGCCAAAUGUGUCGCAGCCCGCUGGAGAUCACUGGGGCCGAGGUCCUCGAACGUGGCUCCAGCAGUGAACAAAGAGGAGCAGGCCCGCAGGCCUCUGUUCUUGGCAGCGUCAUGGCCUCCCGCCUCCCCCUAGACCAGUCCUUUGUAGUCCUCCCAAAGCAAAGAGGAGUCAACCCCACCUCCCAACCCCCCAAACCCCCUUUCCCCCCCUACCCCGGUGCUCGGCCCCCAGCCUCUAAUCCCCCGAGCGCCCCCCCAGGAGCAGAACGGGGGGGCCGGGGCAUCAGCGAGUCAUUUGUGGUGCUUCCUGGGGCGGCCGCAUCGAUGUAUCAAAACGAAAUUGGAGGGGAGCAUUCGUCAGGGGGGGAGCCUGGGGGGGUGGCGAGUAUCAGCUCAUACAGUGCGGGGAUGGAUGCAAAGAUUACGGCGCUUACCCGUGUGUUUGAGAUUGCGUCGCAGCAGACACAGGUCGAGCAGCCGCUGUGCGUGGAGUGUGUCCGGUGCCUUUGCGAGGAACUAGACGCGGAGACGGCAGAGGCGGAGCGCGAGGCAGCCGCGUACGAGGCGUGCCUAUCGCGCCUGGCCGGAGAGCCGGAGGAGGCGCUCUCGGAAGACGAGUUCCAAAAGGAGGUCAAGAGGGCGAAUGAGGAGGAGCGGCAAUUGCAAACCCAGCUGGCGCGGUUGCAGGAGCAGCGGCGGGGGACGAUGGCCCAGCUGAGGGACCUGGAAAGCAAGACCAAGGAGCUGGACAACCUGGAAGAGCGGUACUGGCAUGACUUCAACGACUUCAAGCUCCAACUGGCGGCUCAUCAGAACGAGCGGGAUGCGGUGUGCGCGCAGAUCGACGCGGCGGCCGCGCAGCUGGAGCUGCUGAAGCGGACCAACGUGCUGACGGACGCGUUCCCCAUCUGGCACGACGGCGAGUUCGGGACCAUCAACAACUUCCGCCUGGGCCGACUGCCCAACGUGCCGGUGGAGUGGGACGAGAUCAACGCGGCGUGGGGCCAGUCGUGCCUGCUGCUGCACACAAUGGCCCAGACGUGCAAGCUCAACUUCAGCGUCCGCAUCAUCCCGCUCGGCAGCUACCCCAAGAUCGCGGACGCCAAAAACGUCUACGAGCUGUACGGCCCCGUGAACUUGUUUUGGAGUACUCGUUACGACAAGGCGAUGGUGCUGUUCCUUGCGUGCCUCAAGGAGUUCGCCGACUUCGCCAACGCACGCGACCGUUCGAACGACGUGCCUGUUGAUAAGGCCUUCACGCUGCCCUACAAAAUCGAAGGGGACAAAGUGGGCGGCCUAACCAUCAAGCAGAGCUUCAAUCCAAACGAAAAGUGGACCAAGGCCCUACACCUGACGCUGUGCAACCUCAAGUGGGCGUUAACCUGGUUGGUUAACCAGGAUAACGGGCUGCCAAACCCGCUCAUGGACCUCCUUGAAACGCCGGCUUCAGCGUCGGAGAUGGCUCGUUCGGAAUCAGCUGGAAACGUUUGAGCGGCUGGUACUUACCAAAGGGACUGUAAGUAUUGUACAGAUACCGUCGUCCGGUCUGGCAAAGACCCCUCCAUGGCGCGCACGGGUCCUCCGUGAAGGUUAUUGUUGCGCAUCACGCCAAUUCCAGUCACUUGACUUGUGUGCUGGGCAUGAUGCGGAACGAGACUUUCGUUUGGGGGAUUGUUCAACCGAAUGUGGGGCAAGCAUCGGGCGUGGUGCUAUAUGCAUACAUACAUGCAUUGGGCAUCACGGAUCGAGACCGUGACAAGAAUGAGAUUGGAUGUCAUUUAUUCAUGUAGUGCUAUAAGACAAACUUAACAUAAACUGAGAGGCCUAGCUUGCCAAAUUCCGUGCAUUCAAUAUAGGCGGCUUGACAAGACGCGCUCGAGUAUAAGAGCUAGACCGUACAUGACAGCAAGGUCGGAUGCAGCCACCGUGACGCGUGUGCUGCUAAUUAGGCUCAUCAUUGAGGAUCCGGGAU